AUGCUGCUUCGGUACCUGGGCAGUAGUGUGGCGCAGCAGCUGGAUCGGGACUUGAUGUCCCCUUCUGGCGGCUUUAGCAUCGAUCAGCUGAUGGAGCUCGCUGGCUUAUCCUGUGCCGAGGCCGUGUACCGGAGCUACCCACCGCAGCCUGAUCGCCAGCGCAUCCUGGUGGCGUGUGGCCCAGGCAACCAGGGCGGCGAUGGUCUGGUGGCGGCGCGACACCUCAAGCACUUUGGAUACACGCCCAUCGUAUGGUAUCCGAAGCGCAAGGAUGCCUCGCUCUUCCACGGGCUCGUGCAGCAGCUGCACAACCUGCGCGUCGAGUUUGCCGAUACAGAGCACCUGCCGGCGUCGGCGCUGGACGACGCACACCUCGUGCUGGAUGCCAUCUUUGGCUUCUCGUUCCACGGCGAGCCUCGCGAGCCGUUCAAGUCGACGCUCGAGAACCUAGUGCAACGUACGCUGCCCAUCGUGAGCGUCGACAUUCCGUCGUCAUGGAACGUGGACGACGGGCCGCAAACGUCCGCUUUAGCACGGUCGUUCAUGCCGGACGUGCUCGUAUCGCUCACGGCGCCCAAACGCGGCUCGGCAUUCUUCACUGGCGGCAAGCACUGGCUCGGCGGCCGCUUCGUCGAUGCGGCCCUCGAUGCCAAGUACGACUUGCGCCUGCCUCCGUAUCCAGGCACAUCGCAGGUCGUGGACAUUACCGGUGCCAUGCCCCUUGACUAA